GAUGACGUCAGAUUGUAGGUUAGUUAUGAUGGCAACCGCAGGAUGACAACAAGUCAAUGCUGGAUUGUAAACUAUUAAAAGUUAGGGCUAAAACCGCGGCGCGGUAAAUAAGGUGAAUUUAAGAGGUUGAGGUAUUGCACGCUUGAAACACACACAAGCGCGCGUUUUGGGGAGGGUAAGUUAACGUAGCUUCAGUGAAUCCAAGUGACACCCGAGUGUGAGUGAGACCAUCGUGUGUGCGUCCUGCUCUAACUUGACUUCUCACGUCAACCCACGCUCUUGCUUCUUCCCUGGGACAACUGUGAAGAAGAAACAGUCGCGGAAAUGAAAUACACGCAGGAAAGCCAACCGACUUGCACACGUUAGCAGAUGCUUAGUGUGCUAGCUGCUAGUUAGCCCAAAGUGCUGUUGCGAGCUAAUGUCAACAGUCAACUUACGAAGAGACAGCUGCACUCCACAAUGUUUGCUUGAUUUUUGAAUUUCGCUGAGCAGGUCAGCGAGAACAUAAAUGAUGUCAUCGUCACUGUUGAUAUAGGAUCAUCUAUAUUUACAAUGCGUUUGUUGAUGUCCAUGCAUUCGCCACCUAGUACUAUAUUAUAUUCGCGCGUCUAGUAUACUAAAGAACCAUUUUGAGCCGCAUUUUAUAAAAUCUCUUUGUCUGUCUGCAUGUUACAGUGGCACUAUGCCCGCAGCUACUGUGGAUCACAGCCAAAGAAUAUGCGAGGUAUGGGCCAACAACCUGGAGGAGGAGCUGAAGAGAAUUAGACAUGUCAUUCGAAAAUACAACUAUAUCGCCAUGGACACCGAGUUUCCAGGCGUAGUCGCCAGACCCAUAGGAGAAUUCCGAAGCAAUGCUGAUUAUCAGUACCAGUUAAUGCGCUGCAAUGUGGAUUUGCUCAAGAUAAUCCAGCUGGGACUCACCUUUAUGAAUGAGCAAGGGGAAUAUCCUCCAGGGACAUCGACAUGGCAGUUCAAUUUUAAGUUUAACCUCAUGGAGGAUAUGUACGCACAGGACUCUAUUGAGCUCCUGACAACUGCAGGGAUUCAGUUCAAGAAGCUCGAGGAUGAAGGUAUCGAGGCAUUGUACUUUGCGGAGCUCUUGAUGACUUCAGGAGUAGUACUGUGUGAUGGGAUCAAGUGGCUGUCAUUUCACAGCGGCUACGAUUUUGGAUACCUAAUCAAGGUUCUCUCCAAUGCCAAGCUGCCUGAGGAAGAGAUUGAUUUUUUUGAGCUUGUUCGCUUGUACUUUCCAGUCAUUUAUGAUGUCAAGUACCUCAUGAAGAGCUGCAAAAUUCUCAAGGGUGGACUGCAGGAAGUAGCUGAGCAGCUGGAACUCGAGAGGAUCGGACCGCAGCAUCAAGCAGGCUCUGACUCUUUACUUACAGGCAUGGCUUUCUUCAAGAUGAGAGAGAUGUUCUUUGAGGAUCACAUUGACGAUGCAAAGUACUGCGGCCACUUAUAUGGGCUUGGCUCAGGAUCAGCCUACGUCCAGAAUGGAACAGGGAACGCUUACGAAGAAGAAGCUAACAAGCAGCAACAAUCUUGACAUCAAUCCUCGCACCAUGCUGCAGUUGGCGAUGCGGCCCAGAGGCCGAGCUUGGAGGAUUAGAACGAUAAUCACGGAGGAAUUGCUUCAUUCAGCCAGCCCGUUUGUCAUUAGUUCUGCUUGUGUCAGACAACUGAAAUGAUUGCUAACAGUGAGACUUACUGCGCUGGUGUGAGCUUAAUCAAGUACUCCUGCAAAACAUCUGGUUGGUUCAGUACCAUUUAACAUGCUGGAAAAAAAAGAAAAAGAUGGGAUUUUAGUUUGACUAAAAUAAUCUGUACAAUUGUUUUGCACUUUAAAGCUCUAACUUGAUUUUAUAUGGAAAGUAUGUGGCCUGAUGUCUCUCUGCUCUUGGUUGCUUUCUCCACAUUCACAUUUUACGCGGAGGAACAUGCAGCGCUGACUUAAUGUUCUAACAUUUUGCCACACUCAGCCUUAAGAUUAGCUGCAUUAUUUUAAACGUUUAAGUUAUUGUGCCAGUUAUGGAAAAAGAUACAGUCCUAUGCUAACAUACCACACUUUACCUUAUUGCCUCAAAAUGAGAAAGGGAGCUCCUCGUUGGGUGUGCUGGUAGGCACACAGAUGAAAAGUCCUGUAAUUUGUUUGCUUGUUUUGUUAUUUCCACCUCAACACUCCAAUGUGAGAAGUCUGUAUUCCAGGAUAAUACCGUUUUUGCAUGUGUGCAUCCGAGAAAUGUUGAAGCCGAGAGUGGAUUUGGUGUGCACAUAAAUGCUCUCUUUUUACGCUCGCUCGUGAUUGCAGUCAUACUGUUUGCCCACAUGGUGUCGCACUGAUCUCCAAGUCAAAACGUAGUUCAAACAAACUCACCUGAUGCAGUACAUGUAGAGGUCAUCAUGCUGGAGUAGUCUGUUGUGAGUACAUUUUCUUUUGGUUUAUUUUAAUGAAGUUAUUUUGGUAGAAUUUUAGUGUUGUAAUAAAAUAAUUUUCACAAAACAAACACUUCUACUCCUUUGGAAAACAUCUAACAUGCAUCCUUUGAGGUUUGUUUUGGUGGAGUUCAUGUGGAGCGUUAGCCUUUGGAUGAGAUUGUUUUAUGUUUGUGCUGCUUUCCUGCUCUAACAUGCUGCAUAGGGGAACCACAUGUUCCAAAAGUUUUCAACAAAAGCUGUGUUGUUGAACUGUAAGCUAAACAUUUGUAUGUGUGUUUUCUGGCAUACACAGUGCAUAUAAAAAGUCUGCACCAUCUGUUCAAAUGUCAGAUCUGUGAGACUUAAAUAGAAUGAGACCACGGUCAGUCAUGUCAAAGCCUUUUCCAUCAUUAACGUGACCUAUAUCCUGGGCAACUCAAUGGUGAAUAAAAGAACGGUCAGUAAAAAGAAAGUCAUAAUGCGGUGGCACAAGUGUGAGCGACCAUUUAGAACUGGCCAUUUGUGUUUGAGCUCAUAUCGCAGUUAUUUAUUUGUACUAUCUCCAAAUAUUUUCUUGUUCAAUGAAGUUGAACUGCUGACAGCUGUUUAGGUCUCACAAAUAAGUUCAUAUAUCACAAAUCACAAAUAUGUUCUUAUAUCCGCUGUUGGUAUGCCUCCAGUGCAGUGUCUUGUUGAUGACUAAUGUUUUGUUUUCUUGUUUGCAGUGUGCACUUGACACUGACACUGACAUGAGCAAGAGUAUGCAAUAUAAUAUCAAGGGUUCUUUUUAGAUUAUUUUGUAAAUAAAGGCUCAAACCUUUCAUAAUGGAAA